CUCUUUCCGUCAAUAAUCGGAGAAAUCUAAAACCGAAAGUAAAUAUUUUCGGAAAAUUGAACUAUUUUCUUUGAAUCUUGGCGUUAAAAAUUGAUUUUUAUCAUUAUUAAUUUGACCUAUUGUCCAAACAUUUACAACAAAACACGAUGCAGUAUGCUAUUUUGACAUUUUUGUUAAUAUAUUAGAUGAUGACAAUUAAUUCUCUUGCCGGUGAUAAACCUUUUGAAGAUAUAUUGUAACUUACUCUUGUCCUUGUAUUAUACGAUGGCUUCCAACGGAGAGGAGAUGGAGCCUGUGGACAAGGAAAAAGAAAUACAGAUUGAGUUUUUUCUUGAAGCUUUCCGUGAUUAUAUAGCCAAGACUGUUGACUACAGAGAUCUUAUGUUUUUUAAGCAUUUUACUCUAGAUCAGAAGAAACAGUUUAGAAGCCAAGCUAAAAAAGGAGCUGAUGACUCUGUUGUAACAAAUGAAAUGAUUGGAGUUAUCCUAGAUAUGAAGGACAAACCUGGCAGAUAUUCGACAUUGGUGAAUUUGUUUCAGUUUGAAUUGGAAAACCAAAAGGUGUCGCAUAUCCUACAAGGAAAGCAAAUGCCGUCUUAUGCUGGUCAACAAAAGGAAAAAAUUCAGAGGGUGAUGAAGGUCAUCUGUGAGAAUUUAGAUAUAGUUGAAAUCUUACCUGUGCUAUUACAACACAAACUGAUUAUAGGAAGAGAAAGUCAAAAUUUACAGAAUACUGCUAAAAAUGAAAGCAAUCAUGAAGCUGCUUUAGAUUUAAUUGUGGGCAUGUUAUCAAAUAGACAAAUACAUUGGUAUUCUAAAUUUUUGCUCUGUCUUAUUGAAGCAGGCAUGGAAUUUCUUGCAGAAAAGAUUGAUAAGCCUGUAUAUGACAGAAUUUUAGGCUACCAAAAGGAAAAGGGGAAAAGUUUGUCCGCACAAGAACAGGAUCAUUUGUUUCAAAGCUGUGAAGAAUAUGGAAUGACGUCUUUAAGUAUGUUUGCCUUGUUUAUUUGGCAUACCGGUAACAAGGGGGGUUAACCAAAAAUUCUUGGA